AUGAAAUCCGUCAAGAAGGGUCUCAGCGUCAACCGCAUAGUUGGCACCCUCAAGCGGAGGACGGGAACAAGCUCGGCAGCCAACAACAGCAACAGCAACAACAACAACACCGGCAGCGGCAGCGGGCCUUCCAACGAGGCACCGACAACCCAGGGACUCGCCAUCGCAGACGAUCUACAAGAAGACAGCCCCGAAGGAAUUGCUGUUCGCAAUGUGAAAGCGUUCUGCGAGUCUGGAGGCCCAAACAGACAGGCGCGCCACCAGGGAGACGAGGUUCUCUUCCUCCCGCCCAUUGUCGAUGCCGCCGAAUCCUCUCCGACCGCCGCGACGCAAUGCGCCCGCUACAUCCGCAAGUAUCUGACGGACAAGUACUCACCAAAGGCCUCCUGGCAGUACAACGCCGUCAUGCUGAUUCGCAUCCUGGCCGACAACCCUGGUCGCAGCUUCACCCGUAACUUCGACUUCAAGUUCUGCAACGUCGUCAAGGAUGUGCUGAGAAACGGCCGCGACCCGAGCGUGCGCCAGAUCCUCAUGGAGACCUUGGACGAUUUCGAGCAGACGAGGGCCAACGAUGAGGGCGUCAAGGACUUGGUCUACAUGUGGAAGAAGGAGAAGGAGCGCGCCUUCCAGCGCGGCGAGAGAAACUUCAGGUAUCCCCAAGGCGCGCAUUCUGCCCCGCAGAUGACGGCAUCACAGUAUAACGAAGGCGGUCACAACUCCAACUACUUUGCGAGGAGUCACUCGAACAGGAGGCUGCCAGGCCCGGCUGAGCUCGCGAGCCGCCUUGAGGAAGCCCGGAGUUCCGCCAAGCUCCUUUCGCAAGUCGUCAACAACACCCCGCCACAGGAACUUCUCAACAACGACCUCGUCAAGGAGUUUGCCGACCGCUGCCAGAGCGCGACGCGCAGCAUACAGCUCUACAUGCUCGCCGAGGACCCCGCUCCUGACAACGACACGAUGGAGAGCCUGAUCGACGCCAACGAGCAGCUUCAGACUGCCCUUAACCAACACCAACGAGGCGUCCUCAACGCGCGGAAGCAGCUCGGCCUCAACAGCACCCCGAGCCACAACCAGCAGAACACGUUCUCGGCCGAGAUGACCAACGGCCAGCCACCCGUUCUCCCCCUCGACACCCGUCCUCCACAGCAUGAGCAGCAGUGGCUGCCCUCUCAACCGACCUCGGCGCCUCAGCAGCCAUCUCGCAAACCCGUCGGCGGCACCAACGAGAACAGCCACGGCGACUUUGCGCCACCGACGGGCCCCCCGCCCGGUCUGCCACCGAAAGGACCGAACGCUUGA